AUGGAAAAGGCACUUGCACGCUACGGUGUCACUCAUCGUCUUUCCACCGCGUACCACCCGCAAACUAGUGGCCAAGUAGAGAAUGCUAACCGAGGGGUGAAGAGAAUCCUAGAGAAAACGGCAUUGAAAACCGUUAAUCUCGACCUUACCGAGGCCGCUAGACGGAGGUUCUUCCAAAUUCACGAGUUGGAAGCAUUGAGGGAUGCCGCCUAUGAACGAUCUUGGAGUAUCAAGGAAAAAACUAAGGCGUUGCAUGAUAGGAGGUUGCAAGGCUUGAAAGAGUUUAAGGUAGGUGAUAAAGUGCUUUUGUUCAAUUCGAGGUUGAAAUUGAUAGCAGGGAAAUUGAAAUCAAGAUGGAGUGGACCGUAUGUGGUGAGAGAAGUGUUUCCGUAUGGCACGGUUGAAGUAUACGACGAAGUCGACAAAGGGGUAUGGAAGGUAAACGGUCAUAGAUUGAAACAUUACUUGGGAGGUCCCAUUGAUACCACCGAAGAGGAAGAAAUUCCUCUUGAGGACCCACCCACCUUCACCGACCAGUGA